GGGUUCUUUGAUUAAUAAUGAUGAUCACAUAUCAAUUACUAUUAAUGAGAUGGGCUCGUAUCGCGAAUUGAGGGGUUGUGUUAGUAGUGUAAGCUAUCUGCCAGAUGAACGCCUAAUGCCAUACUUGGAGUUAGUCGGAUUCGGAUCAGCGGCAUUGAUCCGAACUUUUGAUCUACGAUACGACUUAAUAUCCACUUUGGUCGAGCGAUGGCAUCCGAAGACCUACACGUUUCAUUUGUUGUGUGGGGAGUGCACCAUCACUCUACAGGAUGUUGCACUACAGCUCGGGCUAUCCACAGACAGGAAUGCGGUCACAAGUAUAAGUUUGAUUUCUAAGCCGACUGCCCUUCACUAUAACUUACUUGGAUGCUCGCCCAGUGAGGAAAAAUUUACGGGUUUGAGGUUUUCAUGGCUAAAGGCCAAUUUCGAGCAUUUACCGAGUACUGCCAGUGAAUGGGAGGUGAUGCACAUUGUUCGAGCUUACAUUAUGCACAUUACAUGUAACACCCCAUACCCGUAACCCACGCCGGCUGGAGUGCAAGGCAUUACCUCACUUGUUCUCAUGCUUAUUAUCAAUCUCAAGUCACCGAGAUUCGGUCAAAUUUUAAAA